AAUAACCAAUAUAAAAUAGUACAUCUACCUGCGAACCGACCGUGUCUUUUAAUGUGUGAUCCGAUCGAGUGGUAGUGUGACAUGCGUGAGAUGGCGCCAUGGCUGAUCGCGGUGACAAUCGUUCUAAGCGCAGCGGCGAACGCGAUCCAGAACACUCCACCACGUGCUGUCGGACGUAUCGUUGGCGGAAGGGACGUAGCAAUCGACGAGUUCCCAUAUCAACUGUCGCUGCAAAACAAUGGGUACCACAUCUGUGGAGCAUCGGUAGUGGCCGCCCGGUUGGCACUAACUGCCGGUCAUUGUUGCAUCGGAACGAAUGUGUCGAAUCUCACUAUACGUGCGGGAAGUACAGCCCAUGACGAAGGUGGCACCGUGUUUAUGGUGAGUCGAAUUUUCCUGCAUCCCGAGUACGAUGAUACGAACCUAAACUACGACGUUUGUGUCGUGAGGAUCAUCGGAAAUUUUUUGAGCAAACCGAACGUCAAAGUCGUGCAAGUAACCAACAGUGGAGUUAUUCCUACCGGCGGUUUGGGAACCGUGUCCGGCUGGGGCGCUGUAGAAACGAACGGAAACGCGGUACGGAAUCUGCGCGCGACGAGAGUGAAGAUUUGGACGACGAAAGAGUGCCACAGCCAGAUACAGAACUACGGCACUCCAACGGCAAGCAUGUUCUGCGCCGGAAACGUGGGGAGUUCUAUCUGCGUUGGAGAUAGCGGAGGCCCGCUAGUGUACGACCAGCGUCAAAUAGGCAUCGUAUCGUUCAUCAUAAACGAGUGCGGAGGAACGAUCCCGGCAGUUUACACCCGGCUGUCCAACCAAAACGUGAGGAUCUUCAUCAGAACGCAGAUUGCCAACGAUCAGCAGCGCAUGGCGUUGGCGAAUGGAUAAAAACGACGGUCCCAUUACGAUCACCUAUUCCCACCUAAACAGGAAGCCUCACCACGGAAGUGUGGGAGCUUAAUUUCA